AUGAAAAUUUCCCUGGUAGUUCUGUUUUGUUUGGUGGCGGUUUCUUUGGCUACGGAGCCAAUUCUUCUCCAUUAUCACGAGAAUGUGGGCAUUCCUCUAGCUGAACGCAUCAAGCAGUCAGAACAAGCCGUCGACUUCGAUGGCUCCAGGAUCGUGGGGGGCUCGCCAGCGUCGCUUGGAUCCUAUCCAUUUCUGGGCGGGCUAGUCAUAGCCCUAGCUAGCGGUGGCACCUCCGUCUGCGGCUCCUCCUUGCUAUCCAACACCCGCCUGGUGACGGCAGGCCACUGCUGGUAUGACGGUCGCAACCGGGCGCGCCAGUUCACCGUGGUGCUGGGCUCCACGCGCCUCUUCUCCGGCGGCACCAGGAUCACCACCAGCAACGUCCAGACCCACGGCAGCUACAGCCCCUCCACAUUGCAUAAUGACGUCGCUAUUAUAAGUAUUAGUAGAGUCAAUUUCAACAAUAACAUCGCUCCCGUCGCUUUGCCCUCCGGGUCCUUACUGAACAACAACUUCGCGGGCACCAGAGCGCAGGCGACCGGCUUCGGCAAAACUAGCGACGCCGCCGGUAUCACACAGAAUCAGGUACUAAGCCACGUGUCGCUGCAAGUGAUCACCAACGCAGUAUGCCAGCGGACGUUCGGCACCUCGACCGUGAUCGCGUCUACUCUGUGCACCAGCGGCUCUGGGGGCACCAGCACCUGCAGCGGAGACUCCGGCGGGCCCCUCACCAUCAACAAUGGCGGACAGCGAGUGCUCAUCGGUAUAACGUCCUUCGGCUCCAGCCGCGGGUGCCAGGCGGGACUCCCCGCCGGCUUCGCCAGGGUGACCUCCUUUGCAUCCUGGAUCCAAGCCCGUCUUUAA